AUGGUUCGCAUUAUUGUAGCUCUCAGCCACUGCUGGGGCUUAAAGCUACCCGAGUGUCUGACUACAAAGGGAAAUUUCUUGGAUCAGAAGGAAAAUGUUCCUUGGAGUACGCUUCCAAAGAGCUUUCAAGAAGCUAUCUCGUUUACGCGCAAACUUGGUAUAGGCUAUAUAUGGAUUGACUCACUAUGUAUCAUUCAAAGGGACCCCGAGGAUUGGUUACGGGAGGCUGGCCGAAUGUUCCAUGUUUAUCAGAAUGCGUUCUUGACAAUUGCCGCAUCUCAUGCCGAGGACAGUUCCAAGGGGCUCUUCUCCAGCCUGAGCCCUGAACAACAGCUACAAUUGGGUAAAAUUCGGCAUGGUACUGAGGAGUACCAGUUAUAUGCGCAGCAGUCUUUUCCGGAGAUCACCAAUCUAUACUUAAAUCAUCGGACUGAGCCCCUUUUUAAGCGAGCUUGGACAUUCCAAGAAAGAUUAGUCUCUCCUCGAAUUCUAUAUUUCACAAAACACGAGUUGAUAUGGGAAUGUUAUUCAACAUCCGUCUGUGAGUGCGGGUUCCACGGUGAUGGACCGUAUAAUCCGACAAGUUUGAAGAUGCUACAUGUCAACGGCUUAAUGAACAAUACAUCUCUUUCACAGCAAAUCCCCACCAACUAUAACGAAUAUAUUAAAAAUGUCAUAGGGCUUACCAAGAAAAAUAAGCUCUCGGAGGAUGAUACUGGGAAGACAUGGCGUAGAAUUGUUCAAUUUUACUCGGACCUGCAACUUACCAACCAAACCGAUAGACUUCUAGCGAUCGGGGCCAUUGCAGAGCAGACUCAAGCCGUGCGCCAGGACAAAACAUAUCUUGCUGGACUUUGGCAUGAAUCGCUUGGGCUGGACUUGCUGUGGGCUCGCAAGCGUAAACCAAAACCCCAGCAACGUUCAGAAUACUAUACCGCCCCUACCUGGUCGUGGGCCUCCAUCCCUGGUCCAGUUGCUUACGACUCUACAGCACCGCUUAAGCCACAUAUCAAAGUAAUAGACGCAAGCUGUGAGUACACGGACGGAAAUCAAUUUGGACAAGCUACUGGAGGGCGGCUAAUACUACGCGGAGAAUCCAUUACGUGUACGCUUUGCAAGUCCUCUCAAGAAUCCCCGGAGAAUUACCGUAUUUUGCAUCCCGAGCUAGCAGUUGAUAUUGAAGUCAAUGUGGAUUGCGAGCCCUUUCUACAGACAGAGGAGCAAAUGACCGUGCUUAUGUUGCGCAUAGCCGAUACGUGCGAGUUUCCAGCACCAAUUAGCAUUGUACUCAAGGAGGACAGGGGGGUAGAUGAUGAGGUAUUCUAUACUCGCUUAGGGCUUGCAUCACCGCCUGGGGCCACUAUCGAGGGGCAAGAGGAACGUCGGAAGCUUAUGGAUUGGUUCAACAGUUGCAGCGAAAUUCGAACAUGCAUUAUCAUUUAA